UAACACGAUUAGACACCCGACAUACUAAUAUUUCAUUUAAUUAAAGCUGAAUCAUUUGAUAGCUCUUUCAGAUAUGCUCUAUUAAUUUGACGCACUAAUCAAAUGGCAGGCAAGAAGAAAGAAGCGAGUCUGCAGGCGUCUGUCACAAACCAGGAGCAAUGGGAGGAGAUGCUUUCAACCAAAGGUUUAACAGUUGUAGAUGUUUACCAGCAGUGGUGUGGGCCGUGUCGAGCUGUGGUUAGUCUCCUACGGAAAAUAAAGAACGAACUGGGUGACGACCUAUUGCACUUUGCCACAGCCGAGGCAGACAGCAUUGAUGCUUUGGAGAAAUAUCGUGGUAAAUGCGAGCCCACCUUCCUCUUCUAUGGGGGUGGGGAGCUGGUGGCGGUGCUGCGAGGCGCUAAAGCUCCUCUUCUUCAGAGGAUGAUUGUGGAGGAACUGGGCAAGGAGAAGUUGGUCCUGGAGCAAGGAGGAGAACGCAGAGCGGUUAAAGAUGACGGUCUGGUGGAUGAUGAGAGGAAAGAGGAAGAGGAGACACCACAGCAGUCCGAGAAUGAAGACAGCAUAAUUGUUCCUGCCAGUAAGUCCUACACAGUUGCUCUCAUCAAACCAGAUGCUGUUGCUCACGGCAAGGCAAAUGAGAUCAUUAUGAAGAUUCAAGACGCUGGGUUUGAGAUCCUGGCCCACGAGGAGCGCACGCUGACAGAGGCAGAGGCUCGAGAUUUCUACCAGCACAAAGCAGAAGAGGCUUGCUUUGAGGACUUGGUGCAGUUUAUGUCUGGCGGACCGUCCCAUAUUCUGGUACUGUCUCAGGUUGAGGGCUCAUCUAAUGUUGUCCCAGCAUGGAGAGAGUUCAUUGGGCCAGCAGAUAUAGAGGAAGCCCGGAGAGAAAACCCAGAAAGCUUGCGGGCACAAUACGGCACACAGACACUGUUCAACGCCGUGCACGGUAGUGAGGACAUGGACCACGCCAGCAGGGAGCUCGCCUUCUUCUUCCCCAACUUUAGGACGGCCUCGCUAGCAGAGCAGGAUGGGGAGGAAGAGCGUGUGGAGAGGACACUGGCUCUCAUCCGGCCUGACGUUGCCAGAGAAAACAGAGAGGAGAUCUUGACUCAAAUCCACAAGUCAGGCUUCAGCGUGGCUCUCCAAAGAGAGGUGAUGUUGAGCGAAGAGCAGGUCCGACAGUUUUACUUCCAACACGUUGAGGAGGAAUACUUCCCUGCCCUGCUCCGAAGCAUGACCAGUGGUCCAGUGCUAGCUCUGGCUCUGGCCAGAACAGGAGCUGUGGAAAACUGGAAGAACAUCCUCGGUCCUACAGACGUUAAUAAAGCCAAAGAGGAGAGUCCUGAAAGUCUAAGAGCCCAGUUUGCUGUGGAGAACGAGCCCAUCAACCAGCUGCACGGCAGUGAAAGCCACGAAGAGGCAGAGAGAGAGAUCGACUUCUUCUUCCCCAAACAGCAAACACUGGCAGUGAUCAAACCUGACGCCAUGGAGGAGCACAGAGAAAAGAUUUUGCAGGAGAUCAGAGGAAGCGGUUUCUCUGUGACGCAGCUGAAGAAGACGGUGCUUUCAAGGGAGAUGGCUGAGGAGUUUUACAAAGAGCACAGAGAAAAGCCUUUCUUCAACCAACUGGUGGAAUUCAUGUGCCGUGGGCCCUGUAUGAUGCUGGUCCUGACCAAGGAGAAUGCAGUGGAGGAGUGGAGAGCCAUGAUGGGCCCCACUGACCCGGACCAGGCUAAAGAGACGUCCCCAGACUCUCUGAGGGCCCGUUUUGCCUCCGACAUCCUCCAGAACUCGGUCCACGGCUCCUCAAAUGAGCAGCAUGCAGAGGAGAAGAUCCGUUUUAUCUUCGGCGACAUCUGCUCAGACGCAGAGCUCACCGGUGAUGGAGAGACUGACACAAGCGUUUUAGCAAAAGAGCAAGAGAGUUCUGCCGAUGAAAACAUGGGAAUGUCAAGAUCUCCAACGGAAGAAAUGUCCAAUAACCAUCAGGAAGGUGAGCCACAUAGUUCUGAUCCUAGCAGCCCACAGACUGAAGGAAGUGACGACCCAGAGCACUGAAUCAGCACAUUUAGUAGUUUCUCUUGUAUUUUUGGAUUAUUUUGUAACAGUAUGCAUCAUCUGUCCUCUCAUGAAUCAUGAAAUAAACACAUAUCUGACAUUUACACACUCAAUAGACAUGGAGAUGGUGGAUUGUAGCACCCUAUAAUGUAAUAAUUUCCUGAUGAUGUAAUAACGCCUGAAAAUGAAAUAAAAUUUGCAAUGAUGUCAAUCAAAAAUGUAAUAAAACCCAAUAAUGUA